AUGUCUGCCCGUCGCCCCCACAACCAGUCCCACGCCGAUGUUGCCACGAAACCUGCGAAAGGCACUUCUGACGUGGCCCCAGCUGUUCCUGCAGAUGUGAUAUACAAGCUCCUCGGUUUUACGGCUGCCAUGAUUGCGGGCCCAAUUGGCAUGUAUUUCUUGACCGUGAACUCAAUCUUCAGAGGGAGCUCGACACUCGCCGGAAUCGCCGCCGCGGUUACCGCCAACGUGGUCUUGUUCGCAUAUAUCUACGUCGCCUGGACGGAAGACCAGGAGGACAGACAAGCAGCCAACAAGUCAAGUUCAAAGAAAUCCCAGUAG